AUGAUUCCUGUAGAAGAAAGCGCAGGUCUGACAUUUCCAACUGAACAGAGGAACUGGUCGCACACGGGAUACGUGGUGCUGCUGGCGCUUUUCAUGCUAGUUGUCAUGGUAACCAUAGGCGCCCUAGUGAAGACAGCGUCACCACAAAAUGGUGACGUCACUCAUAAGAAACCUCGACGAACAAAGGUGAAACGGGUGCGAAUAGGGGGAACAGAAAUAAUCAAAAAGAAAGCGGGAAUAAAGAAAGCGGAAGAAUCGUCGCGCUCUUGCUUGGACGCGUUGCUAUGCAGACCUGCCAAACCUGAAGUGCCCAUAGUGUUGCCGGCCCCGCCGUUCGGAAUAGACCUCCAGGAACCGACCAGCUCCGAGAUCACCAUCUUCUGGAGCGCACCGUCAGAGACACCUGUUCCCGUGGACGCCUACAAAAUCUACAAGCGUUUCCACAUGCCUCCCCAACCGCCGGACUGGUCAAAAGUGGAUAAGCUUGGGGCCGACGUACUUGAAUAUCGGAUCCGGAAGUUGACUCCAGAGCGGAAGUACGUUUUCGGCGUGGCGUCCGUGAGCGGGAAGACGGAGAGCGCCAUCGUAGAGUCAGAGCUCGUGUCUUUGAAGAAAGAUCCUGUGCGUCCCGGCGCCCCAUGCGAGCUCGAGUGUGUGAACAGGACUAGUAACUCCAUCACUCUCAGCUGGAAACCUCCCCGCAAGGGCGGCUACUCUCGCAUCCACACGUACUACCUGAUGAUGAAGGAUCUUGAAGAUGGGGCCCACUGGGCACUUGUUGCUACUCUUCAGGCGUUUGAUCGCUUCAUGGACUACAGAGUGACCGGGUUGAAAGAUCUGCAUGCCUACAGGUUCCGCGUCACGGCAGAGAACGCCGUCGGUAUAGGACCAAGCGCAGAAACCGUUACCUUGGAAACCACUCAGCUAGAACCAGGAAAGCGACCAAGCGAGCCUGAAGGACCAAUCAAAUUCGCGCGCAUCUCGCAUCAGUCCAUCACGAUUUCUUGGCGACCGCCGCUUAGUGACGGCGGCAAACCGAUUACCGGAUAUGCCGUCGAGUACCGAGAGAAGGACAGCGUCCAAUGGCACAAGGCCGGUGUCUGCGGAGCGGAUGUGACCCGACACACCGUCGGUCAGCUUCCGGAAGACAUCGAGUUCUAUUUCCGGGUGGUUGCCAUGAACGACGUUGGCAACAGCGACCCGCUGGUCGGCGGAAAGGUGAAAACCAAGCUGUUGGAGAUUCCCCUGUCACGUCGCUCGUCAUUCCGGAUGCCAAGCCGAAUAGACAACACUCGCGAUGCCAGUGGCGCAGUCGACCGUCUGUGCGCACCGGAAAUGACGUCAACAUAAGCAUCGAUACAGUUGAUGACGUAAUUGAUGACGUAACUAUUAAUUCGCCGUUUGUUCCACAAAGUGACUUUUAUAACGUCGAAGAAAGCGAAUUCGGCAACAUCUCAACGCGACAUUCCAAGAAUAAGACGAGACAUUCUCAGUAUUCGCCGCUUCCAAAAAUGGAUGGGAACUUCACGCAUGGUUAUGUAAUUCAGGACAAUGGAAGUACAAGCAGACCCAAUGUGAUUAGUUAUAGUGAAGAAAAUGAAACAAAACUGUCAGGGUCUUUUAGUGAGCGGCGUGCAAAAAAACGGCCCUUGGGAAAAUCGGUGAGGCAAGACGGACCGUUCGAUUAUCGCCACACCGACGAAGACCUGCGGGCGUACGUAUCCCCCGUUCCUCUGCGUACCGGUCAGUAUUUCCAAGACAUCAUGCCAAGUACACAUAGUUCGGAAGCUCUACCUAGUGGAAGGUCGUACAAGGCCGGAAAUGCACUGGCAAAUCCGUCCAACGUUAUUUACGGACAGAGGAAAUACUGAAUAUAGACUGCUAGUACAUUUUUUGCAAGUUCCCCAGUUGUAUGUAUUUAGUUUAUAAAACAUUUAUCUACACCCAAUUUAUGCUAUCCGUCGCCUAUAAGACUUUCCGGUGUACGCAAAAAAGCAACAUUUUUUUCGAAAUAUUUACUGUAUUUAUUUUUUUAUUUUUUAAUACGGAAUAAUCGUAUCCUAUCUAAAUGUGCGAAUGCAUAAAUAUUGUUCAAACAUUUUACUUCAAUUGUAAAUACAAAGAUACUCCGAGACAGUAAUUAAAUCAUGCAAAUAUAUAUGACAAACGUUAACCGUAUAUAACGGUACGUGUCACUAUCUCAAAUCGAUAUUAUAAAGAGCCAGUUUCUAUUUGUUUGUACUACCUAUUGCAAGAAGUCAUGUAUGUAUUGCCACUACUGAAGGAGAAAAACCGACACAUUUUAAGCUUUCAUCGCCGUCAAAUCAAGUCAAUUGAAAUAUGUGAAUAUAUAAAUGAAUUGGAAAUAAAACGUAUAAACUUCAUCCUCAGCUACAACUGCGACUGCAACCUCAGCGGCAUCUAUAAGACGUGACAAACUGAACGUGUAUGAUUUGAAUGUCAUUAUGUGUAGUUUAACCCAUUUAUGCCUAGCGUCUAGAAAAAAAUGCCUUGGCAAACAACGUAGACCCAGAUGAGACGCCGCAUGAUGCGGCGUCUCAUCAGGGUCUGUGCUGUUUAUUUAAAUGAAUUUCUGUAAGAAAUAUUCUAAAUAUAGAAAUAAAUAUACUAAACAUCCCUAUUUUUGUAAAUAAAUUGAUCCAAUUAUGAAGGAUGGGAGAGUUCACUUGGCACAAAUGGGUAAAUUAAAAGCUUACAAUGCAGUGUGCUUGAGUAACUCUUCU